UCACCAGUUUACUACCAACCCAACGAAUGCCCUCCAAUCCUCGUCCGCGUACCUACCAAAAAUCUAUUCAAUAACCUAACAACCCAUCCGGCUCUCUGUCUCUGUCUCUGUCUCUGUCUCUGUCUCUCUCACACACACACACACACAUUAUUUACACUACACUGACAUCAAGUUUCCCCCUGCAUCGUCUCCUUCCAUCAGUACGCAACGGAGAUACCAAGAAAGGCAAAUGGGUAGUGGCGGAAAGGUUUUCACUUUGGCUCAAGUCUCCGAGCACAACACCCCCAAGGACUGCUGGCUUAUCAUCAAUGGCAAGGUUUAUGAUGUGACCAAGUUCUUGGAGGACCAUCCUGGUGGUGAUGAUGUAUUGGUGUCAGCAACAGGGAAGGAUGCAACUGAUGAUUUUGAGGACGUGGGUCACAGUGAUAAUGCCAGAGAUAUGUUGAAGGACUUCUACGUGGGAGAGAUUGAUGCCUCUACCAUCCCCAAAAGUACCACAUACACUCCGCCGAAGCAGCCUCAUUACAACCAGGACAAGACUUCAGAGUUUAUCGUCAAACUUCUCCAGUUCCUGGUUCCCAUUGCAAUCUUGGGUUUGGCUUUUGGCGUCCACCUUUACACCAAGUCAUCAUAAGAUGUUUUUCACCUUCUUGGGAGUCCGGCAUGCCGAGAUUCUUUUCCUUUUGACUUGUGAAGCAAGAUGGUUACUCAAGUUUGGAAACAAGAAAGACCAUUGAACUUGUUGUGUGGGCAAGUGGAUUGAAUCAGAUAUCUAGUUGAGCGACAAUAACCGUGUGCUGAAAACCGAGAAGAGAUAAUAACUCAGAGAUGACAGAUGUCCGACGACAAUACCUGUGCUUGAUUCAACAACUGUCGAGGCCAAAAUCUGUUCGACUUCAAACACCAUACAGUAUCAAAACAAAGAUUAUCGACUUGAUUUAUGAAGUUUAUGUUUUAUACAAGUGGGGGUAAGGGUGGACGAACGAGCCUGAAUUCGCAGAUUGUGGCGGGUUCAUGCGGUUCUGGACGGUUUCCAAAAUUCGUAAGACAAAAUGGGGCGGUGUGGGUCAAAAAAUCUAUGGAAACGAGGCCCUGUCCUGGACCGUUUCCACGAUGCGGGUUCAGCCUUGUUAGGAACCUGUUUGUCUUAUGGGCUAGGUUAGUAAUUGAUGGGCUGAGGUCAUCUUGAGGAUUGGCCUAUCAGCUCAACAGCUUCUAUUACUUUUUUGCGUUUUUAAAGGUGCGGACCGCAUUUUGCAAAUUUUAGGUGCAGACGGAAUCUGGUCCGAUGGAUCAAACCUGAA